AUGGCCAUCGAGAUCCUCCCCCUCACCAAACGGGAUAUCCCCGAGGCCGUAGAAUGCGUGCAGACCGCGUUUGCUGACGAUCCGUACUUCCAGUGGUUGUUCGACGAUGCCAGCUACGACAUCAACCGCAACGCCGCCUCCCUCGCCGCCCACUUCCAAUACGGCCUCAACUGCAACAUGCCCAUGUACAUCGCCAAAGCCGCGCCCAGCGACAAGCACCCCAUCGUCGUCGGCGUCUCCUGGUGGUACGCCCCCCAGCCCGCCUCCGCGUCCCAGCCCUGGUCCGUCUGGGCCCAGGACUGGCUCCUCUCGAUGCGCCAGCUGCUCUACAACAUCCGCUUCGGCGGCCGCGGAGGCCUCAGUCUCGAUCGGUACUAUAUGUGGAAAGCGAUGCAGAAGAAGACGCACGACAAAGUGUGGACCGAUCCGAGGGGGUAUUACUUCUGUAAUGUGUUGGCUGUGAGCGAGACCAUGAGGGGGAUGGGGGUGGGGAAGAAGUUGGUGCAGGUGGUUACGGACCGCGCGGAUCGGGAGGGUGUCAAGUGUUAUUUGGAGAGUUCAAAGGGGGAGCCGAAUUUGAGGAUUUAUGGGAAGUUGGGGUUUGAGUUGGUUAAGGAGAUUGAGUGUGUCGAUGGGAUGGAUGCUUGCAAGCUCUAUUGUAUGACGCGGAAUCCGAGUAUGAAAGUUUAG